AUGUUGAAGUUUUUCCGUAAGGGACCGUGGAAGUCACUCUCCAGAGUAUCCUUCUUCCAACAAUUCCGCAGGUGGCUGAUUACAGACUCGGAGCUGUGCACCACGCAUUGGAAUCUCCCACUCCCUCCCGAUAUUAUGUAUCACAUCAUCGACACCUACAACGACAUUCCCGUAGACGUCCCUACGAUUCUCGCACUAGCUCAAUCGUAUCCGGUUCUUCGACCGUUUUGCUUCUCAAAGAUAUUCCAAAAUUUGGAUAUCAGCACCGGGAGCUUGCUUACUUUCGAGUUUUUUGCCGAUGUCAUCCAGAAAUAUCCCUUUGUUCUCGAGCGAAUGGAGUCCCUUACCUUGGAAGGACAAUUCAAACGCAAAGAAUUGACCGGCAGCUCCUACGUUCUCUCGCAGAUUACAGAACGGAGUCAGAACCUUGGGCGCCUCUGUCUCUCUAUGAACAACAGAUGGGAGGAAUGCAAUGAAACCUUCCGAGAACACCUUGUCGUUCUUUUAUCACAGAGUCGCUUGCACACCUUCGUUCUGUGGCCCUAUGGCGUUCCCAUCGAUCUGUUACGACAUCUCCCCGACCUCAAGCGACUCGAGAUAACCCCUUUUUUCGAGUUAACGCCAUCAGGUUCGGAUACUAUUCCGGUUUGGGCACGUCGGGUGAAGGUGGAGGAACUUGUGCUUAUAGGCAUUAACACUUUUUGUUCACCGUUGGACUUCUCUUCGUUAUUCGAUUUCUCUGACUUGAAGGUGUUGGAGGUGCGGGAGCCUUGGAUAGUGCACGUCCAGGAAAUUCUUGCAAUAUCUGCUGCCUCGCUUCGCAAGUUGGAACUUUAUCUUUACGAUGCCUUGGAUGUCGAUCUUGGUAUCCUUUCUUGCCUCGAACACAUUACACUCUCUGUCCGUUUUGAAUAUUUCACUCAAACGCACCACGCCAAUGGCGAUGUCAGCAGAACGUAUGACCCGCCACCAUCGGCCCAACUCCAACUCAUUUCGAGAACGUUGGCGACAUGUCAACCCCACAAUAACAUCGAGAAGAUUCACCUUUCUAUUCAUUCACAUUAUAUAGAAGAUCUGCCAGGUCCAAGUGACUGGCUUUCCCUGGACUCACUCUUCUGGUGGCCAGGGACUUGGAAGGCGUUGGACCAAGUGUCGCUUGUGACAGUUCCAAACAACACAAAAACUCCCGAAAUUCUGGAGUGGGCUGCUCCUAUUGAAUUGCCUUGUCUAAUGGGGAGGGGAGUGAUGGUAAAAUGGUAUCAGACGUUGCACACCAACCCCGCGCCUUGUGCCUUCGUGAAGUUGGGCGCGUCUAUGGAAUCAAUUACCUGUGCAUGA